AUGGGUGAGGUCACGGCAGCCCAGGGUCGUUUGAAGCUGGAGGUACCAAUCGCCAAUGCCAACUCUUCGAGACCACCAUUGCACGCAGAGAAACAAAAAGAAUUGCUCAAUGAGGUGCGGAGCCUGUCCUUUUUUCGGACUUUAUUAGGAACAUUGCGGUAUUUUCUCAAUAGGUUACAAGCUGAGCAUAUGCCUUAUCACUUCAAUCCCACCGUAAUUAUACAUUCUAUGUCUUGUUUUUCUACCGAUGUGAUACCUGCUCAUCUGAAUAUUCCAAUUGCGGCCAUUUAUUUUGGAAAUAUUCAGGGUGGUGUGCUUAUUAGUCAUUGGGAGGUUUCAUACAGAGACAAAGCUGAGGCGGAUGAAAGAUGGAGAAGUAAAAUCAGCGCGGAUUUUAUGUAUGACCAAAGUGACAUCAUUAGUCUCAAGUUUGAAAAUCCUGGAGAAUCAAGUGAGUUGAUCAGUUUUACAUUCAAAUUUACUUGAGA